UCGACUGUGAGUGAUACUUUACUAGUACUCUGGUCACUGCGUAUUUCAAAAAAAGGGAAUGAGUUUUAUAAGGAAUAUCUGCUCGCCUGUGACUAAAUCAGCCAUUCAAUUCAAUGUCAUAUUAUUUCAUUUCAUAUUAUCGUUUUUGUUAGUGUACGAACGAACAUUCCCCAAAAAUUAAUGAUGAUAAGAACGCAUUCAAAGAAUAUUUGAGUGUUGCUGUCAAUGCCAAUCCAGUAUCUGUCAACUGUCAGGAGAUGUAAACAACCUAUUUGUUGUCAUUUUGAUAACACAACUUUCUUUUCAAGUUGUAAAAUCAUAAUGAAAUGUGAAUAUCAGCUUUACUAAUUGUUAAUUUAACCAAGUGUACUCCUUAUAACAAACAGAUAUGUUAAAUAUGAAAUAAUUGUGUAAUAACCUGUAAAAUUCGCCGGCGGCUCCUCCACUUCCAGAACUUAAUUUUCAAGUUCAACUUCCGAAAAGCAGCAGCUUAAACUCUUAUUUGAAACACAAUGACUAAAAUAGAAACUUACGUAUUUUUCGACAUCGAAACUACAGGAUUACCACACGAGGAGAGAAAUAAAACCAAGAUUACUGAAUUAUGUUUCGUAGCAGUUUUGCGAGAGCACAUCAAACGAGGUCCAUUUGCUAUCAUACCGCCAGUGAGUAAACUGAGUUUACUUAUCAAUCCACAGAAAAGGAUAAGCCCUAUAUCAGAAAAAAUUACUGGCUUGUCUAAUGAUUUGUUGAAGAAUGCUCCAAUUUUCCAAGAAAAUGUGCAUACAAUCGUUUCAUAUCUAUCCUCACUUCCUAGGCCUAUAUGCCUGGUUGCUCACAAUGGCGACCGGUUUGAUUACAAAAUUCUCUUGGCAGAAUUCUUAGAUGCCAAUGCUACCCUGCCGCAAGAUGUCCUGUGUGUUGAUUCCUUGACUGGAUUUCGACAGAUAUUAAAAAAUAACAUAGUUCCUUCUACUGUCAGAAAAGAUGACGUAACAACGAAAAGUAGCUCUACAAAAGAUGACUCAAUGUUAGAAGAGGAUUCUUUAGCUAGAGAUAACAAUUCUUUGAUAAGUGAGGAUUCAUUGAUAAGCGAGGACUGGCCUGAUCUAGAUGUAAGUGUAGAUGACUGGAAGGAGAUUGAUUCUCUGUGUUCCUCUUUCUCCGAAAUGCCUUUAGAUGCUAACAAGUCAAGUAGCAAUUCUGAUGAGCCUAAGGUGCAACCAAAGAAUGGAGAAAAAGGGAAUGAGAAAAUAAGUUAUGCAUUAGCAGAACUUUAUAAAAGGAUAGUGAAGAAGGAAGUGUACAAUGCCCAUAGAGCUGAAGAUGAUUGUUUUAUGCUCAUGGAGUGUGUGGUUGCUACCAAGGAGUUUUUACCAUGGGCUGAUAAGUCCUGUAAAAGUAUUCAUGACAUUUCUCCUUUGGACCGCUAUAAAUAUGACUGCAAGACAUCCUCCCCUUGCUAAAUUAUUUUAUAUAGGAUUUUUUAUACAAUUUUAUAAUCAUUACUUUAUUUUAUAGAUUUAUAUAAUUAUAAAUAGGCAUGUACUGACUGACAGUGAAGUUUUUUCAAAAGCACCUCAGUAUGUUUGCAUGUAUACACAUUGAGGCUGCCUCGCAAGGCGAUCGUCUCGCAGCAAUCGCCUAAGGGUGCCUUGUGAAGCUGCUUGGUCAGUCAGUAUACAGCUAAUGCCUAUUGCACAUAUUUUUUUAAUGAUUGUUUCAAAUAGGACAUGUUAUAUUUUAUUUUGUGACUAUUUUAUUAUUAUUAUUGAUUUAAUCUACCAUGUUACUAAAAGGUAUUGUUACCUAUAUAAUUAUAUUCUUUAAUGAUUGUAUUAGUUUUUGGAAGAUAUACACAUUUUUAUGUCUGUUAGAAACUGUGGUUCCCUCCUGCUUUUACACAAGUAAUUUGGGGUCUUAGGAAAGUGCACAGAUGUUAUGACUAUGCAUAAUGUUUUUUACUUUCCAUUAUCAAUGUUUAUUACCUACUUUACUUCUUACAGUUUUUAGUUUGUUGCAUACUUUUAUUUUUCAGUACAUUUUUAUGCAGUUGUGAUUGUGACUAUUGAUUUAGUCAAUCAUAUUUUCUAUUAGGUAAAUGUUACCUAUUAUAUAAUUAAAAUAAUUUUAUGUAUAUACUUUUAUGAAUCAUGUUAUUUU